AUCAACGAGAUUCUGACAAUGAAUAUGUUAUGGUUUUCUACAGAAUGACCAACUAUAUGCUUAAAAAAUGGAAGACUUGUUCAAAAUAUCUUUUAAUGCAACUGAAAUUCCUCUCAAUCGAGCACUGUCCAGUCAAGAUUUCGACGAAUGGGUGGUGGCGAUGGCUGAUAAGAAAGAAAAGAAAGCUAGAAUCAUAGCCAAAGGAUACUACCAGGUACAUAGGAGAGAUUUCCAGAAUACGAAUGCACCAGUCGCAUGUUUUAGUUCCAUACGAACGACAAUAGCUUAUGUUACUCAAGGAAAGAUGCAUAUUCAUCAUUAUGAUGUAGAAACGUCGUAUCUCAACGGGAACAUAGAAGAAACAGUAAUUAUGGAAGUUCCAAACGGAACAUAUCGACAUUAGAGAUUUUGUUCGCACGUGGCAUCUGAGGAUAUGGCUGCUGACCUUUUGACUAUGACGUUAUCAAAACCAAAGCACGAAAUAUGUACAAUGAAACCUUAAGAUAUUGAUCUGUAAGAUAGCCAUUCCGAGAAUUGACGCCGCGCCGUAGGUAGAAAAAAGGUAGGUAAAAGGCAUUGCGGGAAGUGUGUGGUGGCCACUCAAGUGUGAACAAGCAAUAGCGUUUACAUCGGAAGCAGUAGUCCUUUGGGUUUGUUCCCCACCAGCCCAGCCAUAAAAACAGCGCAAUAGAAGAGUUACACUGUAUUCGACUCCUAGGAUUAGCAAAAAUGUAGAAAUUUUAUUUGGCAGAGUUUUUCUUUUUUUUAUUACGAUUCCAUAGAAAAUGUAAUAUGAUGUUUUGUUUUUU